CUAGCACACACACACACACACUCUCGCUCUCAAACGCAGAAAGCUCUUUUUGCUCAGUAGAGUUCCAGGGCUCGGAAGGAGGAAAGCUGAUUGUCGGGACUUCUUGCUUGUGUUCUGCAUAAGUGCUUUUGUGGCGGGCCAUCUGGACUGGCAGGAUUUCCUCAGAAUAUUUAAAGUAUGUUGUCUGAUUUGGAAAACCGGGGAUUGCUGUGAAACUCUGGGAAGGCGGCAAGCAGGGAACGUAGACAGAACUGGUUCGCGGCUCGUAACGUAGGUGGCAGGAAUGGAAGACGCGUUGCCUUGCCUUGCUUCGGUGUGCAAUUCAUCAGCACUUAUGAACUUCUGCACCGAUGACAGCAUUUCUGCAGCAAGUACGUCCGAUGUCCAAGACCGCCUUUCGGCUCUUGAACUCAGAGUGCAGCAACAAGAGGAUGAAAUCACGGUGCUGAAAGCAGCUUUGGCUGAUGUUUUGCGACGCCUUGCCAUCUCCGAAGAUCAUGUCGCAUCUGUGAGAAAAUCGGCACCAAGCAAAGGUCAGCCGGGCCUCCGUGAAGCCAUCUCCCUGUCCUGCAUCACUAAUGGAAGUGCAGGGAGCAGAAAAGCUAGCCAUAGCCCUUCCAUACCAAUAGCCCGAAAAGAAACACUUUCGUCUGCUGCUAAAAGUGGUACAGAAAAAAGGAAGGAAAAACUUCACGGACAAACAGAGAAAAAAGAGGACUCUCAUUCUAAUGAUCAAAACCCACAAACUCAACCAUCACCUUCACCUUCUCCCCAGCCCUCAGCACAGACUCUCCCAACACACAGGCAGACCCCAGAAGUCAAGAGCUCUGCUCCAGGCAAAAGUGUAAAGAGAUCAUCAACACUUGAAAAAUCACACAGCGCAUGGGAAAGUUCAGAGGAGAGUCGUAACAAACUAAUGAGGGCAACCUCUGCCUCAAAAUUGAUAUCAAAAAGUGGCAAGAAUGCAGACAAACACAAAGAUGUCAUCGUCAGCCAAGCAAAAAUGUCAACUCGAGAAAAGAACAGCCAAGAGGGAGAGUACAUCAAGAUGUUCAUGCGGGGACGACCAAUCACAAUGUUUCUUCCUUCGGAGGUAGACAAAUAUUACGAAAUCAAGACAGAGCUGCCUUCUGAGAAAUUAAAACUGGAGUGGGUAUAUGGCUAUCGUGGAAGGGACUGUCGAGCCAAUGUUUACCUCCUUCCUACUGGAGAAAUAGUAUAUUUCAUAGCAUCCGUAGUAGUACUGUUUAACUAUGAAGAGAGGACUCAACGCCACUACUUGGGACAUACAGACUGCAUUAAAUGCCUUGCUGUGCACCCAGACAAAAUCAGGAUUGCAACUGGACAGCUAGCUGGAGUGGAUAAAGAUGGAAGAUCUUUGCCUCCCCAUGUUCGAGUAUGGGAUUCAGUGAGUGUGGCGACUCUGCAAGUCAUUGGCCUUGGUACUUUCGAGCGUGGAGUAGGAUGCCUGGAUUUUUCAAAAGCGGACUCAGGUACACAUUUGUGUGUGAUCGAUGAUUCUAACGAGCACAUGCUGACUGUCUGGGAUUGGCAGAAGAGAUCAAAAGUAGCCGAGAUUAAGACUACAAAUGAAGUUGUUCUUGCAGUAGCAUUCCAUCCAACUGACAAAGACACAAUAAUAACAUCCGGCAAAUCCCAUAUUUUUUUCUGGACUUGGAGCGGCAAUUCUUUGACAAGGAAGCAAGGGAUUUUUGGGAAAUACGAAAAACCCAAAUUUGUUCAGUGCUUAGCAUUUUUAGGAAAUGGAGAUGUUCUCACUGGAGACUCUGGUGGGAUAAUGCUUAUAUGGAGCAAAACUGCUGUAGAAGCCACUCCUGGGAAAGGAUCGAAAGGUGUGUAUCAGAUCAGUCGGCAAAUCAAAGCUCACAAUGGCAGCGUGUUCACCCUCUGCCAAAUGAGGAACGGGAUGCUGCUCACUGGAGGUGGGAAGGACAGAAAAAUAAUUCUGUGGGAUCAUGACUUGAAUCCUGAAAGGGAAAUAGAGGUUCCUGAUCAAUAUGGGACAAUCAGGGCUGUAGCAGAAGGCAAAGCUGACCAAUUUCUACUUGGCACUUCGCGGAACUUCAUUUUGCGGGGAACAUUUAAUGACGGUUUCCAAGUGGAAGUACAGGGGCACACAGAUGAGCUCUGGGGCCUGGCGACACAUCCCUUUAAAGAUCUCUUCUUAACAUGUGCUCAAGAUGGGCAAGUUUGUAUGUGGAACUCAGCGGACCACACACUUGAAUGGACCAGGUUGGUGGAGGAACCAGGACAUUGUGCUGACUUCCAUCCAAGUGGAACUGUGGUAGCGAUAGGAACACACUCAGGAAGGUGGUUUGUUCUAGAUGCCGAAACAAGAGAUUUGGUUUCAAUACAUACAGACGGCAAUGAGCAGCUUUCGGUGAUGCGCUACACAGUAGAUGGCACCUUACUUGCAGUGGGAUCCCACGAUAACUUCAUUUACCUCUACACAGUGACAGAAAAUGGAAGGAAGUACAGUAGAUAUGGGAAGUGCACCGGACAUUCCAGCUAUAUUACACACCUUGACUGGUCCCCAGAAAACAAGUAUAUAAUGUCAAACUCGGGAGACUAUGAAAUACUAUACUGGGACAUUCCAGCCGGCUGCAAACUAAUGAGGAAUCGUUCUGAGUGUAAGGAUAUAGAUUGGACGACAUACACUUGUGUGCUGGGAUUUCAGGUGUUUGGAGUGUGGCCUGAAGGAUCAGACGGGACAGACAUAAAUGCUCUCAUCAGGUCCCACAACAGGAAGGUGAUAGCAGUUGCUGAUGACUUUUGCAAAGUCCAUCUAUUUCAGUAUCCCUGCUCCAAGGCAAAGGCACCAAGUCAUAAAUACAGCGCCCACAGCAGCCACGUGACUAACGUCAGCUUCACUCACAGCGAUAGCCACUUGAUUUCAACUGGAGGCAAAGACAUGAGUAUCAUCCAAUGGAGACUUGUGGAGAAAGUAACUCUGCCACACAACGACAUCACGGUAGAAAUGGGCAUGGCCAAAGUGCCCGCUAGUGCCAGCGAAAGCUUUGUGCAGCCGAGGACCCCCGUUCCCCUCGCUCAGGCGUUGGACGGAAUGGGAGCCAACGAAAAUGCAACGGACGGUUCCCCGACGUCCUCGGAGAGUAAUCUGGAGCAGACUGUGGAAGCCAAUGAAGAGCAGAGCGAGGAGCACAGUGAGGGGAGCAGUCUGGAUCCAGGAGAGCCAAACGGUGAAGAACCAUCCAACGAAACAAGCGAGGAGCAUAGCGAAUCCACCAUUACGGAAGACCAGCAGGAAAACUCUCCGUUGUCUUAACAGCUCCAAGUUCAAGAUGGUCUUUUUAGAAGAAGAAAAAACUCCCCUCAGUGUGCAUACUUUUGUCAAAGGGGAGGAGGGUUCAAGAAGGGGAGAGGGAAGGGGGAGCACCUCCAGUCUAGGAGCAACCCAAGUUGUUGGGUUUCAGUUGACGACCUUUAGUCCGAUCUUCUGUUUUCAAUGCAUGGGACUAUUGUAAGGACCCGUCUUGGCAGUUCCGUUCAAGAGCUGGUCAGGAUAGUAGGAUGUAAACAACAUAGAUUAAAUGUAAUUCUGAAAUUGCUGUCGGAAAGAGGCAUGGUGCAAAUGGCCGGGGGCUACAGGAGAAGGGGGAAUUAGCUCCAGCCGUAUGCUGAGGGGCGGAGGGAAGCCUCCUGUGAAAGAACUUUUUAACACCAACCAGAAGGACCAAGUAAUACCUUCUGCAUAAUGCAACCCAGGUGCAGCAAAGCCAAUAAAACGGCAAGCUCUUUAUGAGAGCUCUUCCUUCUUUUUUUAUAUUAAAAAGAGAGGAAGAAGCGAAGAGGACAACAUGAUCGUGCAUCAUGCCCUCUGCCUUCUUUAUUAACACCUAUGCAAUUUUCUAACACUACUAAUUCCUACUAGCCACCUGGGUGCUGCUAGCUAGCUCUAAGGCAACUCAUAUUAACGAACACUUUCCCUUCCCCCGACGAUGGAUUUUUAAGUUCAGUCUUUUAAGACAACCACCUUCACGUAGUUUUUUCUAAUUGACAGGCACCGUAGGACGUCUUUUCCAGGGAGCUACUUGCCUAGACAUAUUGAAACUCAAGAACACCUACUGUGACCUUGAUGUGAACUGACUUGAUUGCAUGAUGGCACAAGUUCAGAUUCUCGAGUUAAACUUGGCCUACUGACGAUACAGCUCAUUCUCUUGCGAAGAGGCUAAAUGUUAGAGGAAUAUCAUUAAGUUAUGAAAUCUGGUGCUUGUGAUUAGCAUAACAAAUCAAUUGCUUACAAAAACUAGGGAUAACCGUCAUAAUCAGAAAAAUUCAAAUGGGUUUUUUUUACAGCCUCCUUUUUUAAUUGCUCUAAUGUAAAUGUCACAUUAACUUGGAUUAUGUUGGUUAUUUUUGGAUUUUUUUCUCUUCCGCGUGCUACAGGUUUUUUUGUGCUUGUUUUAUUCCUCUUGCCCAGUUGCUGUAAAUGUUGCAGCUCCGAGAUGGCUGGACCCUGGCCAGUUAUGGGAUAUCAUGGCAUUUUAUUAUGCGUUUGGGAAAGUACCAUUUAAAAAAAAAAUUACACAAAAAAAUCCUGUCGGCUAAGUUUUUCUUAAUUACCUAGAGUUUCCUACAUUUAAAAAAAAAAAGUUUUCUGGAAAAAAAAAUCCUAGCUGUUUUAUGUUUUGAUUUAAUAGGAUCUUCUUUUUUUAUUGUGCUGAUAUCUUAGAGUUUAGUUUUUAGAAUUGUUUUUAGAAACUUUGGAUGAGUUUGUUAAGUCUUAAGUGUGCAAGCGUUUACGUGAUUGUGCCAUUCCAAAGUGCAUCUGAACUGUCAUUCCCUUCUAGUAUCUUCUCAGGAGUAAUUACUACAGAUCAGGUAUCUAUUCAUCAUUGGUAACAUUGAGAACUCAAAUGAACUCCCAAAGGACACUUGUAUGUAUGCAUAUACAUAUAUAAAUAGAUAGAUCUCCUCUUUGUUUACAUCCAUUCCGGAAAACCUCAAAAUAAUUCUCUCCAAACGGGAGAGAAGCGUGGAUUCCAAGCAACCCAUUUAUCUGUUCGUUUUAUUUUAAAACCGUGCUGUUAAAUAGUAAUGGUGUUGGAGAACUCUUGUGUGUGAUUAGCUGCUUUGCCAAAUAAUGUCAGUCGGCAAGGCAGACGAUUGCAGAUGAUUGUGUCGAGGUGUGAUGCACAGAUGGAGAACCUGGGCUACUCCUGCUGGUUCUUGGACUUCCCCAUCAGCUCCAGCCAACAUGGCCAAUAGGCAGGGAUGAUGGGAGUUGUAGUUCAACCAUGUGUGAAAAGCCACAGGUUUCCCAUCCUAGUGUAAUGGAUUCCUUUAAAAGGAAUACACUUAAUGGUGAAAAAGUACUAUGUAGUAAUGUUUUUUUUCAAAGCUUAUUGGACGCAUAACUCUCUUUUUCAUCCUCCAUGAAUACCAUGAAACAAUGCAUUUCAUUUUGAAAAUAUCUAUUACCUGGGGGUUGCCAUGUAAAAUGAGAGAGUUAACGUGAUUUUUUUUUCUCAUGCUGUAGUCUAAAAGAGGGUUGUUGUUUUUCUAUUAUGCAAAAAAAAAAAAGCCUUACAGCUUUCGAUUGCUGGCAACUACUGUUUAAUGGAUAAUUUAAUCUGUGAUAAUGGAUGGAAAUGGGUGGGGUUAUGUUAACUGUAGAUGUUCUAGGGGGAAAUUGUGAAUGAAAUAUGAUUUUUAAAGAGUGUCAUGUGAAGAUGUUUGAGCCAUUUCUAUCAUGCAUUCCUGUCUCAUGGCAGAAAAAUAAUAAUUGAAGAUUUAAAAAAUAAUAAAAGAAUCAAAAUAA